UCUCCACUAAACACGGUUACAGAGGAAUCACUGCUCUUUUUACCAUUUUUAAUUGAACCCUCUUUUAAUGAGUCCUUCUGUACUCUUAAAAACCUCCUCAGUUUAGAAAAAAACCUUCUUAGUUUAGACAGAAAAAACUUCAUUUUCUGUCUCUCUAGAUGCAAAUGUAUAGAAAGAUUUAAUUUUUGCACUUCAUUUUUCAAAACCCAUGUCUCGAUUUGUCAAAAGAACAUUACAGAAAAUCUAGAAAUACCCAUUUUUUCAGUUUAAAUGACUGAGAGGCAAAGAAAUCAAGACCCAGAAACAACAAUGGCAUACUUGGAAGUACUGAAGAAGUUAAAACGUGUAAAACCCAUUGAACCAGGGAUCUUGAGUUGUUUUUUGUUGACAGUUUUUUGUUUCCUUUCUUGUUUUUUUUACUUAGAUUAUUACAAACUUGUUGUGAUGAAAGGGUUUGAGUUUCAUCAGAUUUCGAAGAGAUUUGAUUGGUUAGGAGUUAGUAAUGAAACUUCUGCUCCUGUUGAUUUCAAUGGUGAUGUUAAAAGAGUUAGAUUUUAUGGUGAAGAAGGAGGAGGAGAAGACUGUGAUGUGUUUGAUGGUGAUUGGGUAUGGGAUGAAUCAUAUCCGUUGUAUGAGUCUACAGAUUGUAAGUUUAUGGAUGAAGGGUUUCGUUGUUCUGAAAAUGGUAGACAAGAUAAGUUCUAUACUAAAUGGAGAUGGCAACCUAAACAUUGCAACUUACCCAGAUUUGAUGCAAAUACAAUAUUGGAAAAGCUGAGAAACAAAAGAGUUGUUUUUGUUGGCGAUUCAAUUGGUAGAAAUCAAUGGGAAUCACUUCUCUGUAUGCUGUCAAUGGCGAUUUCUGACAAGAGUUCAAUUUAUGAAGUGAAUGGAAGUCCGAUAACGAAACACAAUGGGUAUUUGGUGUUUAUGUUUAAGGAUUAUAAUUGUACUGUGGAGUACUAUAGAUCUCCAUUUUUAGUGCCUCAGACACGGGCGCCGGUUGGGGCUCCCAAAGAGGUGAAAAUGACACUCAAAUUGGAUCAUAUGGAUUGGACUUCUGUGCAGUGGAGGGAUGCAGAUGUGCUGAUUUUUAAUACCGGGCACUGGUGGAACCAUGAAAAAACCAUAAGAGGGGGGUGCUAUUUCCAAGUAGGGAAAAAGUUGAGGAUGAAUAUGACUGUUGAACAAGCAUAUGAAAGGUCGAUUGAGACGUUGGUCCACUGGCUUGGUACAGAAGUGAAUACAAGCAAGACCCAGGUCUUCUAUCGCACCUAUGCACCCGUCCAUUUCAGAGGCGGGGACUGGAAAACUGGAGGAAGCUGUCACUUGGAGACACUACCUGAAUUAGCUUCAACUCCAUCUCGACUGAGUCCCCAAUUUCACAUAGUCAGUAAUGUAUUUGUAAAUCAUGCAAAUGAGCCUCAAAUGUCUGCACUGAGCCUGCUGAACGUUACAGAAAUGAGUACGCGGAGGAAAGAUGGGCAUUCAUCUGUGUACUAUAUCGGAACUGGUGGUCCUGCUCCUCUUCACAGGCAGGAUUGCAGCCACUGGUGCCUGCCUGGGGUUCCCGAUGUAUGGAAUGAACUCCUUUAUGCAGUCUACCUGAAUAGAGUAUUAACUCCUCCGCAUAAUUUGCAUAACCACACACGACUCAUGGGGAAAUAGUCACUUGUAAAUUGCAGAAGAUCUGAAUAUCCCAAUACUUCUUAGAAGACCUGCAAUUUUCUCAAGGGUUGGCACAUACAAGAUGAAUGCUGCUAGGAUUUCAUCAUCCUGUUAUGAAGAGAAGGUCGCAACAGGAUUCGUUGCAAGCCUUGUAUUCUGGGUAGUUAGUUGGACAAAUUAUACGGCACUUUUUAUUCUUAUAUUCUUAUAUGGUCGCAAGGUAUAGCUCCCCUUAGCAUGAAAUUACACAAUGUGGCAUUCAUUCCAUUAUUUGAUGUAAUUUGUGUAGAUAUAUAUCAAUUCAAAUUUGAAUGCCAAAUUUUGUCAAGAUUAAAUUAUGAAGCAAUGGUUUCUGUGAGAAA